AAUCUUGUUAUGCAUUGCCGUAUGGUGUAUUUGGAAUUUUUUGCUGGUCUUUUUCAUUUUUAUCAAAUGUUUGUAUUGUAUUUGGUAAUCUACCACUGUUCGCUCCAUGGCUAUGGCGUCAAGAUCCUUAUAAAUCACAGUCCAUAAAAUUUGCAUUUAUUUCAUUUCUUAUGACUAUUGGGCCAACCAUUUACACAUGUAUACGUUGUCGUGAAGAAUGGGUCUUAAUAGUUUCAGCUGUUGGCCAACUUUCUCCAUGGGCAUUCAAAUUGAUUCUUGAUGCCGUGACAUCUAAACAAAAUGGGUUUGAACGUGACAAUUUUUACAUGAAUUGUGGAGUUCCUUUAUCAAUUUUACUAUCUAUUGCUGAUGUCAAC